AUGAACGGCUCAUGUCCAAAUUUCAAUGAGGCCAUUUUUGAUUUACAAAUUGUGUGCUUGCAUCAACCGUCAAAUAACAUUGAGCAUUUCACGUCGCAGUCUAGACAUUAUCAUCUAACUUUGAAAUUUCUUUCAUAUAAAUCAGCAUUGCUGAUUGAUCAAGCUAAUUUUACUCCUGAUCAAAGUGGAAAAUUAUUUCUUUUUGGCACGAAUACCUGA